AUGGGGUUUGAUGACCUGUUACCAGAAUUAGGAGGAUUCGGACGAUAUCAGAAAGUUUCCAUAAUCUCAUUUGUAUUAUUCUAUGCUGCAACUACAUGGCAGUAUAAUAUUACAGUAAUCAUUGCCGCUGAUAUGCAACAUUGGUGUCAUGUGCCAGAGUUAGCCCAUCUCAACCACACAACAUUUAUGAACAUAGCUGUUCCCCUCGAGGAAAACCAGUUUGGGGAAGCCGUGUACAGUCAAUGCAGGGUCUAUGAUCUCAACUACUCCAGUAUCACAGACGAUGAUGUGACUAACUGGAUCCCUAAUGGCAACACGAGUACAAGGAAAUGCAACGGAUAUGUCUACGAUACGAGCAGGUUCACGUCAACACUUGUAAGCCAGAUCAGGAUCGCAGUGCUUGGGGAGAAUGUAGCAGUGGCGUGUCUUCCUGUUACUUCACUGACAAAUGGUCAACAAUCGUACGUCACCGGAUGGGGCUCAACAGCCUCUGGUGGGGGCAAAGUAACUCGACUACGCGAAGUGAUGGUGCCCAUAAUAGAUAGAACACAUUGCAUCGCUGAGUCGAACUAUACCGCCAAUGAUGAUCUGUCCAUAACAAUGGUCUGUGCUGGUAGUAUAGCUGGUGGCAUAGACACCUGUCAGGGUGACUCUGGCGGUCCACUAGUGACACAGAUGAGCCACAAUUCAUCACUAUGGCAGCUGAGUGGUGUCAUAAGCUGGGGUAUUGGUUGCGGAGACCCUUCUUACCCCGGGGUGUAUACCGAUGUCAUCUUAUUCAACAAUUGGAUAAAGGGAAUAAUUUCAAAGCCCCCUGUGACUGAUUCACCAACUACUGAGUCAAUUACAAGCACAAUUGUAACCACUCAAACUAGUUCAAACAUUGUAAGUGAUGUCACUAAAACUAGUGAAAGCACAACAGACGCUACACUCAGUUCGACAUUAAACGCUGAACAUAAAAACACUGGGCAAACGACAAGUACAUCUGAAGAGGCAAAUGCAACGUCCACUGAUCAAGCGACAAGUACGAGCAUCUCGACUCAGAACAUCGUCAGUUUGCCGCCUGGUUAUCUUGACCUUGGGCUUUUUGGACAAAGCAGGGGUAAAACAUUAAGAACAAACCUAACUAGGGUGCUAACAAUGACUGUAUUAUCAUUGGCGAUUGUCGUAUAGAACCUAACUGAUCUAUCUGUUGAUUGACCACGAAGGCUGAAGACUGUGGUAUGGGAAACUGCUGAUGUUGACAAUGAUCGUUUGUGUCCUCGGUAAGGAAUACUGCUGAUGUUGGCCUGAUAAUCGUUAGAAACAGUGAUAAGAGAAAACUGCUAUAUUGUUUAUGGUUGCUGAGAUGCUGGCGUCCACACUCUGCCUGUGAUGUCCAUAUUCAUUCGAGAUCGUUAUAUGGAACUCUAGUACUCUACUGGUGUUGUCCAUUGUCAAUAAAAACCAUCUUAUAGAAGUAUACUGGACCAAAUAGAUAAGAUGAUCAAUCACCUCCAUUUCUGAAGAGUGACGCAAUGAAACUAUUUAGAAAUAUCUAACGUUAUCACGGGAUUAAUUAUGUAAUCUGUGUAUUAGCAGUCAUUGAUAUUAUUUAAAUAACAGCAAGUGAGAUUAUGCAUUUUCUAAAAGCAAUAAAAGAGAAUUUAAAGCGAAUAUUUAAGGUUUUAACAAAUAAAAGUCAGUGCCACUGGCGUAGCCAGAAUUUGGUG